ACUGGAAUAUCAAUCAUGGAAACAUGAAAUAUUUAUAGAAUAGAAAACCAGCUAUGCACUAAAAUGAUUUGCAGGAAAACGAAAUACACUAAUAUGUAAAAGUCAUUAGAAACUAUCUUAUUGGUUUCAUAAGGAGCACGGGAGGGCUUGUAGCUCUUCCCCACCCUUUUUUUCUGCUUAUUAGAAAAACUUUCAUUUUUAAUUAGAGAAACAGAGAUGCUUGAAACAGAAAGUAGAAAAACUUAGUUUUUAACGAGAACAAAGGAGAUUUUUAGACAUUUACCAGACACUUGGGGAUGGCUAGAUAUCCCCAAGAUGCCCAGCUUCAUUAUCUGUCAUUUUAGGCAUGCGUCUUUGAAAUUUUUGGAGAACAUGGGAUGGCCAGGGAACUUCCCUUGCCAUCUCUGUCCCAAGGUCACAGAUGCAGGGUUGGAAAUUUUAGACGUGUUUUUGAAAUUACUGAGAAUAGGGGAUGGCCAGGGAACUUCCCUUGCCUUCUCUGUGUCCCAAGGUCACAGAUGCAGGGUUGGAAAUUUUAGGCAUGCGUCUUUGAAAUUAAUUGGAAACAGGGUAUGGCCAGGGAACUUCCCUUGCCAUCUGUGUCUUAAGGUUGGAAAUUUUAGGCAUGCAUCUUUGAAAUUCUUGAGAACAGGGGAUGGCCAGGGAACUUCCCUUGCCAUAUCUGUGUCCCAAGGUCAGAGAUGCAGAGUUAGAAAAUUUUAGACAUGUGUCUUUGAAAUUCCUGACAACAGGAGAUGGCCAGGGAACAUGAGUUAAAAAAUGGAAAAAAAAUUUGGAUGCAAAAAUAUGUAUCUUAUAUAUUGGGAAGUAUGAGAAAUGGUUGGUUCUGGAACGCUUUUAAAGUUUCUUAUAUGAUAGAAGGAAAACAUUGUAUUUGUCAUUACUUAUACUAUAAAAGCAUUAAAUUUUAGGCUGUUCUUGCAAAAUACAUCAUAAAAUUCUAGGUUUUUGCUUGACACCAAAGGUCUCAUUUGCUGUUCUUUUAUUCUGAUUUGCUUGUCUUUCAGUAAAUUCUUCAAUUAGAUACUGUUGGUCAAAAGAUGAGAGCAGAGAAGAAAAUAAAACAGAGAAGAAAAUGAUGCGAAUGCUUCAGCAUACCAAAAAAACUUUUUAUUGAUGCAUAUAAAUUACAGCUAUCUCUGCAUUUAUAGAGGAUUUCAUGCAUACGACUCACAUUUAGCAGUUACAAGUAUAAACCAAUUAUAGACCUAUGACAUAACAGAUUAUGAGACGUGGAGAACAGAUUAGGAGACCUGGACAAAAUGCUGAUGUGGCUGCUAUAUAGUCUGCUUCAGUUGAUGGAAGUGUCACUAUGGGUCGCUUCUUUGAUGCCCAUGAGACUGCACCUAUUAUAUAUUGAAAGACAUGUCCAAAAGUGUUCUUUCAUCAAUGCUCUCUGCAAAAUCACUGUCAGAAAAACCAAUCAAAUCAAAAUUAUUACUUUUGGAAUAUGAAAUUUCAUAUCUUGUUGUUCUCACAACGUAUCUUAGCAUCCUUUUUCCAAUUUGCCAGUAAGAGACCUGAGGUGAAUCCAUAACCCUUAAAAUCAAGCUAACAUCAUACAUGAUAUCUGACCUUGUAGUUGUGAGAUAAUUAAACUUCUAACAUAUUGGAUCAACAUUCAAGCCCUUAUCCUCCUUGUUAGUUUUGUCUUAGCAACAAUUUUAGAGUUAAAUGAUUGAUUUAUGUCUUAACAAUUCCUCAAUUUGCCCAUUGAACUGGGUCAGGUGUAUGGUGUUGAAACUACACAUUUCCUGAUUAGAUUGGUCCAAUACCAUUUAAUUUUCCGAUUGUGGAAUGCUAUGAUCAAGGGGCUGCAAUAGUUCAUCAAUAAUAGAUUCUUAGUGAUUUUUUGCUUCCAACACAUCUGGAAAUAUGGAUAUCAAAGCUGCAUUAAUUGCAAAGAAAAGUAUAUAUUAUGCUGUAUUCUUCUAAGCGACUCACAUUUUAGACUUUAAUUGUGUGUUUGUUCAAUCUCAUGCUGGCAAUUACUAUAUGCCACAAAGAAGCUGCAUGCUGACAAUUUCUUUGUCACCAUGAAAGAACUGUUUUCUUUAUGAUGUUCUUGCUUUAUUGCAUUUGUCAUCGGAUAACAUGUUGCAGUGUGGUCACACACCUUCAGAUCAGUUUAUUCAGAAGACAUCAAGAACAUGUUCAUUGAAAGUAAUGAUAUUAUUGAUGUUAUCAGAACGGAAAUUUCCAUAACACAAAUUUGAUUAGGAGCAAUUUAUUGCAGGGCAACUUUACUGAAUGGCUAGCAAGGAAGUGGAUAAUAAACAAGUAAUCUUCAAGGAUUAUAUUAAUGGACUGCCAGAUGAGUCUGAUAUGUUGUUAAAACAUAACAAACUGACUUUGCAACUGGAUGAUGGAUCACAAGAUGUUCUUGUAAAAAAUUUGUAUUUAUCAUGUGAUCCUUACAUGCGAAUCCGGAUGAGAAAUAUUAUUGCUUGCACAACUCCUCUUAGGCCUGGAUCGGUCAUAACUGGUAAUGGUGUCUCCAUUGUUCUCAUUUCAAAUCAUCCAGAGUUUCAACAGGGUGAUUUUGUAACUGGUUUGAUCGGAUGGGAAGAAUACAGCAUAAUACCAGGGGGCAUGAACUUGAUGAAGAUUAAAUAUACAGAUGCACCUCUUUCGUAUUACCUGGGAGUUUUAGGAUUGGUCGGCCUCACGACUUAUGUUGGGAUUUAUGAACUGAACUCUCCUAAAACUGGGGAAAGCGUUUACAUUUCUGCAGCUGCUGGGGCAGUUGGUCAACUUGCUGGCCAGUUUGCUAAGUUGCUUGGCUGUUAUGUUGUUGGAAGUGCUGGCAGCAAAGAAAAGGUGGACUUACUGAAAAGCAGGCUUGGUUUCGAUGAUGCAUUCAAUUACAAGGAGGAACCAGACUUAAAUGCUGCUCUUAAGUCCAGGUAUCUCCCAAAUGGAAUUGAUGUGUAUUUUGAGAAUGUUGGUGGCGAUAUGCUUGAAGCAGUUCUUGAAAACAUGAAUGUUCAUGGACGUAUAAAUGUUUGUGGGAUGAUCUCACACUAUAAUCUGGAGGAGGGGAAAGGUAUAAGAAACCUAACCCAAUUGAUUUUUAAGCGCUUAAAAAUGGAUGCUUUCAUUGCACCUGAUUAUGUGCACAUGUACGCUGAGUAUGUUGAGAAGGCAAGAGAGUAUCUCAAAGAAGGAAAAAUAGUUUACAUUGAAGACAUUGUUGAUGGUCUAGAGAAUGCACCAUCAGCAUUUGUUGGUCUCUUUCACGGUAAAAACAUUGGAAAACAGAUUGUGCGCAUAUGUGACAAAUAA